UUAUUAAUGAGCGUAUUUUAAAUGUUGGAGCACUAGGACCCCUCGGCCGUGUGUCAGCUGACGGAGCUGCCUCUUAUAUGCCGUCUGUGACCCGCAGCUUUUUCCAGCUUGUUGGAAGCGGAUGUGGGUGAACAGGCCCCCGUCUGAGGAGCCAGACAGACGCACUCACCCCCCCCCCCCCCCCCACACACACACAGAGUCAGCCUCACUCGGUGCGAUCAGCAGCAGCAGCAGCAGCAGCAAGAUGGAGUGCGAGUGGAAGCCAGACGAGCAGGGACUCCAACAGAUUUUACAGCUGCUCAAAGAGUCCCAGUCUCCGGACACGUCCACGCAGAGGUCCGUCCAGCAAAGACUGGAGCAGCUCAACCAGUAUCCAGACUUCAACAACUAUUUAAUAUUUGUUUUGACAAAGUUAAAAUCAGAAGAUGAGCCAACGCGGUCCCUGAGUGGGCUGAUACUGAAGAACAAUGUGAAAGCUCACUAUCAGAACUUCCCUAAUGGUGUGUCUGAUUUCAUCAAGAGCGAGUGCCUCCAAAACAUUGGAGAUGCUUCUCCCCUUAUCCGGGCCACUGUGGGUAUCCUAAUCACCACGAUUGCCUCCAAAGGAGAGCUACAAAACUGGCCGGAACUUCUGCCCAAGCUCUGCCUGCUGCUGGAUUCGGAGGACUACAACACAUGUGAGGGAGCGUUUGGAGCCCUGCAGAAGAUCUGUGAAGACUCUGCUGAGAUCCUGGACAGUGACAUGCUGGAUCGUCCUCUCAACGUCAUGAUCCCCAAGUUCCUACAGUUUUUUAAGCACAACAGUCCGAAGAUCAGGUCUCAUGCCAUCGCCUGCGUCAAUCAGUUCAUCAUCAGCAGGACCCAGGCUCUCAUGCUACACAUCGACUCUUUCAUCGAGAACCUGUUUGCACUGGCAACAGAUGAGGAACCAGAAGUGAGGAAGAACGUGUGCAGAGCUCUGGUCAUGCUGCUUGAGGUCCGCCUGGACCGUCUCCUGCCUCACAUGCAUAACAUAAUCGAGUACAUGCUACUGAGGACUCAGGACCAAGAUGAAAAUGUUGCCCUGGAGGCCUGUGAGUUCUGGCUUACUCUGGCGGAGCAGCCAGUGUGUAAGGAAGUGCUGUGUGGACACCUUUCCCAGCUCACUCCGGUGCUUGUCAACGGGAUGAAGUACUCUGAGAUUGACAUCAUCCUGCUCAAGGGCGACAUUGAGGAAGACGAAGCGAUUCCCGACAAUGAGCAGGACAUCAGACCACGCUUCCACCGGUCACGCACAGUUGCCCAGCAGCAUGAGGGUGACGGGAUCGAGGAAGAGGACGAUGACGAUGACGAACUGGAUGAUGAUGACACAAUUUCUGACUGGAACCUGCGUAAGUGUUCAGCAGCAGCGUUGGACGUGUUGGCCAACGUGUUCAGGGAUGAUCUGUUGCUGCACAUUCUUCCACUUCUCAAAGAGCUGCUCUUCCAUCCAGAGUGGGUGGUGAAAGAGUCCGGCAUCCUUGUGCUGGGUGCCAUAGCUGAAGGCUGUAUGCAGGGCAUGAUCCCAUACCUGCCUGAGCUCAUCCCCCAUCUCGUCCAGUGUUUGUCUGACAAGAAGGCCCUGGUCCGUUCAAUCACCUGCUGGACACUGAGCCGCUACGCCCACUGGGUUGUCAGCCAGCCCCCAGAUGACUACCUGAAGCCCCUGAUGACAGAGCUGCUCAAACGUAUUCUGGACAGCAACAAGCGUGUGCAGGAGGCUGCUUGCAGUGCCUUUGCCACUCUGGAGGAGGAGGCCUGUACAGAGCUGGUGCCCUACCUGGCAUUCAUCCUGGACACGCUGGUGUUCGCUUUCAGCAAGUACCAGCACAAAAAUCUGCUUAUUCUUUAUGACGCCAUAGGAACUUUGGCAGACUCAGUGGGACAUCAUCUGAACAAACCCGAGUACAUCCAGAUGUUGAUGCCUCCACUGAUCCAGAAAUGGAACCAGCUGAAAGAUGAAGACAAAGAUCUCUUCCCUUUAUUAGAAUGUCUGUCGUCAGUAGCCACGGCCCUGCAGAGUGGCUUCCUGCCCUACUGUGAGCCUGUGUACCAGCGCUGUGUAAACCUGGUCCAAAAAACCCUCGCUCAAGCCAUGCUUCACCAGUCACAGCCUGACCAGUAUGAGGCCCCUGACAAAGAUUUCAUGAUUGUGGCUUUGGAUCUUCUCAGUGGACUUGCUGAGGGUUUGGGAGGCACCAUUGAGGAGCUAGUUGCUCGCAGCAACAUCCUCACUCUCAUGUAUCAGUGCAUGCAGGACAAAAUGCCCGAAGUGCGUCAGAGUUCGUUUGCUCUGCUGGGGGAUCUGACCAAGGCUUGUUUCCAGCACGUCAAACCCUGCAUCGCUGAUUUUAUGCCCAUACUGGGCACUAAUUUAAACCCAGAGUUAAUAUCAGUGUGCAACAAUGCGACAUGGGCGAUCGGAGAGAUAUCUAUACAAAUGGGGCCUGAAAUGCAGCCAUACAUUGCCAUGGUGCUGCACCAGCUGGUGGAGAUCAUUAACAGGCCCAAUACCCCAAAGACUCUGCUGGAAAACACAGCAAUAACAAUUGGUCGUCUUGGUUACGUUUGUCCUCAAGAGGUGGCACCCAUGCUACAGCAGUUUAUAAGACCCUGGUGCACCUCUCUACGAAAUAUAAGAGACAAUGAGGAGAAAGACUCUGCGUUCAGAGGAAUUUGCACUAUGAUCAGUGUAAAUCCGGGAGGUGUAGUGCAGGAUUUUAUAUUCUUCUGUGACGCAGUGGCCUCCUGGGUAAAUCCCAAAGAGGAUCUCAGAGACAUGUUCUACAAGAUCCUUCAUGGGUUCAAGAACCAGGUGGGUGAGGAAAACUGGAGGCGAUUCUCAGAUCAGUUCCCUGCGCCACUGAAGGAGCGGCUGGCAACCUUUUAUGGGGUGUAACUGUUUCCAGAGCAGUGUGCCUCGUCGCUGGGGUCAUUCACUUUGGGAGACAAACUAGGGAACCUCUUUUACCCAGGGAAAAUGUUACCCUUUACUGGGGGGAAGGGUCUGCCUGCUGAGGGGAGGGAAGGGGUACGGACCCCUCCCCGACCUGGUGGACGGGGUGGGAGGGAGGUAGUAGCUGCAGUGCUCAGAGCCCUCUAUGCACCGGCAACAGGGGGAAAGGGACAGGCAGAACAACCUUACCAUGGGAGGAAAAUUCAUCUAAUCACAUCUUAAUCAGUUUUCUUUUCUCUAUUUCUUCUCCAAACACUUUGCUUUCUGUCAACCAAACUACUGAAAAGAAAUGUGAGGAAAUACGGAGAAAACAAUUUGUUUUACAAGUUUUUGUGUCUUGAAAUGUUGUGUGCAGGAAGUGAAAGAAGAGCAGUCACACAUUUAAAAUGAUGUCAGCCAGGUAAAUGGCUCAUGGCAGUUUAAUGAAACUGAAGAUUAUUCUCAGUAAACACAGUGAAGUUUCAGUAAGAUAUAUUUUCUUUAGAAGGGUAGCUUAAAGCUAAGGAACAUCAGCGCAUAAGAAUGCAUCAUAGUGGAUCCAUCUCUGGAGCCAGUGAUUUUACAAUGCUGCAUAUCACAAAGAAUAAGUUAUCAUCUAUAUAUUUGUCAGAUAAUUUCAGUGUUUCUAUUGUUUAGCAGGGCAAACGCUGUUCAUUGUCUCACUGGAGAGCACAACAUUUUGUUUUAAGGGCAGCUUUUCUGGGAAUAGGUAGCAUGCUUGUAACAUUGUGAAAAGCUGUAGAAUAUUAGUGAUGUGCGUUGCGUUCGACAGCCGUCAUUGCCCUGUAAUAAGGUUCUUCUUCGAUCUUGCAAUUUAUUUACUUAUAGUACUUUUUAUUUCCUCUACGUGAGAAUUACAGCAAUCAGCUGUAAAGUAGCAUGACCAGGUUUACAAGUAAAAAAAAAAGAAGAAAAUCCUGGCUGUCUUAAGGUGGAGUUAAUCUCUCAGUCUGAUCUUGUGGUGUGGAUGUGACAUGAACCUUCAUCAGCAAGCAUAUCAGAGCUUUAGAUGCUUACAAUCCUUUCUAUUGGCUGAGCCUCGCGAAGGAGAAGCACACAGGUUGACAUCCUGAGCCGGUCGUCACCUUUUGUUUCUUGGACAUGAACCACAACACUAAUCCCGUCUUUAGUGACUUCUGGCAGAACCACGCAGCCCAUCAACUCAAUGUUGAAUAUGUUUUAUUUUCUCAAUGUACUGAAAUUUCGUUCUUGGUUGUUUUGGCUUCUUGUGCUAAAAGCAUGAUCUCGAGGAUGACUGUGUAAUGUUUUGGGUGGUUGUGUUUCGUGGGGUACUUGGAUGCUUUCAUCUCUUGCAUGUUGGUGGCCCCUCACACCCCAACAUAUAGUGGGGAGGGGAUUAUGGGGGGGGGGGAGGGGAGCUUCAAUUCAAGGCUUAAAAAGAACCUUUUAGGUGUUGCAACACUGGGACAGUUAUAACGUCACGUAAAUCUUGCUGGAGUGUUCUCCCUUAACUUUGACCCCCAUAGCUGGAUGUAUAGUUUAAAAAAAAGCUGUGAAACUACAACGUUUUUGUCCCUGGUUGUUUUUGCGCUGUUAUAUUUAAUUAAGUGUGUAAGUGUUUCAGUUACAGAUAGGCUGAAUGUAUUCCAUGAUGGGUUGGAACGAGAGGAAUUCUUUUUAAUCGUUUUUUUCUUAAUGCCCAGCCAGUAAUUUUUCCUCUGCCGGCCAGAGUAAUAGCUGCAGUAUUUUAACCUUAUGUGAUGCACAUAACAUGCACUUAAAAUUCAAAUUAAAAGCGCUUGAAGUUAAUAGCUUGAAGUUGUAGCCAAAUCCUUCGAAACAUGAUUCUAGUGUUAACACAGCUAAUAAAUAAACUAUUGCUGCUAAAAUGUAUUAACCUAAUGCAAUACGUAUUAAGUAAUAAUAAGUAUCUUGAUGCAAUUGGGUUAUUAGACUUUAAAAGUAGUUUAGUUUUUCCGAUAAACUUAUACCAUGUGAAAUAUACAACUAGUCUCUUAGAUUUAAUGUUAAUGGGGUGAGUGUGGGUUAAAUUCAGGACAUAAUUCAUCAUGGAAUACAGAGGCAAAUACUUAAAUGUGCCACAUCAUUUUGUGUUUUGAUGUGAUUUUUGUCUGUCACAUUCCAGCUGUUUGGCAUGCAAAACAAUGGAGUAAUCACAGCUUGAUGGGGUGUGUGUGUGUGUGUUCACAGUCCGGUUGGUCCGUCAUUGAAAGAGUGUAGAGUCUAUAAAACACACGAAACAAUCCCCCCCCAGCCCUGCUGUGUGCUGUAUUUCUGACUUGACUGCUGCUAUACAUUGUAGUUGUGUGUCACUACUUGAAUAUGUGUUUUCUACGUGUUAACCUCAGGUCGUCUGUGUUCAGUGUUAUUUGUUUUCAUCGUUUCCCCCCAAUGUGUACACGCCUUUAUCCAUUUCCUCUCAACGACUGAAGAUAAGUAAAACUCUUGCCCCCUCGUAUUAAAAGUGGGUAGCCGUGGGUGUGAAUUGACAUUAGUGUGAUAUGUGUGAAACACAGCUAGCUGUCAAAUGUUACUACGACUGCAACGCAGGAGGGAAGAAUAAUUUGGAAACUUGCACAUACUUUAUGUACCUUUUAUCUAAAGUGAUUGUUAUCAGACUACGAUAAAUAUUUAGUGUAAUGUGUACACAAUGCCUUGAGAGCAAAUAGGUUUGGUUGAUGUUUUGCAAUAGAUAUACAGUAUACUGUAUCUAAAGAAACAGGCAAUGCCUAGAAAGCAAAGAAAUAGGUUGAUAACUUAUGAACAUUAUGUUGUGAACAUGAUGUUUGAAAAUAUAAGUUUGACUUUCUACAAAGCUUUAUUGAAAAUUUGUAUUUUAUAAAACACCCACCAAUAUUGAGGAAUGUCUUGUCAAAGAACUCCUGUACUCUCAUUUAGCCUUCGAACUUGAUUAGACGAUCUGCCUUCAUCUUUUUUGCUAAUAAAAGCAAAGACAUCAUUUUGAUAGACAUGGUUUGAGUUUUUUUAAUAAGCUGCUGAAUUUUAAAAUUAAUACUUUUGGGGCCACCAAAUAUUUUGGAUCAUGCAAAGAAUCUAUAUUGUACUGUAGUAAUUUUGUAAUAUUUGUAAGAUGAUAUAGUGAGUGUGACUGGUUACCAUUGCUUGAGUCUGUACAUUGUU